AUGGUUCGUCGAGUUAGGCGAUGGCAUCAGGGCCGUCACAUCGAGGGUGACGAGAUGCAAGUCACCUUCGCCCUGUCAAAUUUGACGGGACGAGCAAAGACUUGGGCCUCAGGGCUCAAGCUUCACGACCCGAACGUGUUUGAGUCGUUGGAGAUUUUGAAGUCUCGACUCAAAGAAACUUUUGAGCCGCCACGAGCCGAUUUCACAGUAAGCUCUGCACUCUUGAGGUUCAAGCAAGGUAAGCGUGAUGUGCACGCUUACGCUCAGCAUCUCCGCUACCUUGCGAUUAGCGUUACGGAAAACCCUGUUGGUGAGCACAAGCUCAUCAAUGUGUUCAUCUAA